CCAACUUCAAGGGAUAAUGAAAAACAUUUUCAAUGCAUUUAGUAAUGUUUUAUUGUAUAAUAAAUAAUUAGCUUUAUCGCUGUACUUGGGCCAAGUACUAAAAUAGCUUUGACCUUCUAAAAAUUUAUUGUGAGCUAUGAUCCAAAAAAUGUAAUAAUUAUUCAUCAAAUUAAGUGAAUAUAUUCCUGUUUUGUUUUAAUAUAUAACGAAUAUACGUAAAAAAUAUACAAAUGAAAUGCAAUGUGCGUGAGAUUGCUCAAUUGAGCGACAAACCGUGUAUCAUGGAGGGAAGACUAAAUUACAAAAAAGUUGCAAAUGGAAGUUACCGUAAUCAAGCAGUUUUUAAGGAAAGGUGGUUUCGGCUUAUAAACAAUUAUCUUUUCUAUUUUAAAAUAAGUGACAUGGGGAAGUUUGAUACAAAGCAGCCAGCUGGAAUGAUGGUAUUAGAAAAUUCAUCAAUACAAAUGGAACAUGGUCCAAGCAUUUCCUUUUCAUUUUCUAUAUCUUUUAUAGAUGAACCCGAGAAAAGACAUAUUUUUGCCGCUCGAUCUGAAGAUAAUGUUGUACAGUGGGUCCUUAAAUUAAGACAAUGUUCAUAUGAGUAUUUAAGAAAUCAGUUGCACACACUGCAGUCUAAAAUAUUUUCAAUAACCGGGAAGGACCCUUUACUGAUGGUGCCGAGGAAUGAUGGUGCUUGCCUAUGGGCUCCCUCUGUACCAUUCUCGACCGCCCCUGCCUGCACUAAGAACACUACCUCAUUUAGUUGCCAUUUACAUACAAAUGGUGCAUUUACACUGGAAAGAAGUAAAUCUGACGUCCAAGCUCAUAUGCACUUGCGAACAGAUUAUUGCUCAAGUACGAAAUUUUAUGUAAGUGAAGUAUCAAAGAAAGAAACUACAGAAACAUCUCAAAGUUAUAGUCUGGAGAAAAGUAAAACAUCAGCUCAACAUCUUGGGAGUUUGAAUCCAUUGGAUAUAUCAAUUUUUGAUAAUCGGCCGAUGUACUCCCGGGCGGCGCCCAGUCCACCGGUCAGGACAAAACUGUCUCCCAACACUAGAAGAACAGAAAUUAACAGAGAAAUCAAGACAUUCACAGACAUCAGUAAGAAUUUAGGACAAAUGAGUAUUUUAGAUGUAACUCCUGUACCACCUAGACGAAAAAUAUCUCCUAAACCAGUAAACGAGGCCGGUAAAGACAAAGACGAUAAAAAUCCUAAUAACGACAUGUUGUUAGACUCUAGCGAAGAUCUUAUUAAAUUGUGAAAGCCUUUAAUUGAAUUUUUUUUGUGUUUAUUUUUCUUUUUAUUAUUACACUUUGUAGAAAAACGCUUAAUAUUUGUGAAGUGUGUUGGUCCCACCUUGUAAUUUAAGACACUUGCCAGUAACGAGUUAUUUUAUUUUUUGUAUUGUAUUGUCAAUAACCCUGUAAUAUAAAUAACUUUAAAAAUGCUUUACUUAAAUAUAAGCUGUGAUGCUAAAUUAGUUUUACGAGUUUUGCAUUUAAUAAAUGUGGUAAAUUAUAAUAUUUUUAUAUGAAUGUGUUUUAUACAUAUUUUUAUGUAACUUUAUAUAGACGCUCUCAUUUUGUCCAAGAUAUAUUGUACAAUGUAGAUUAUGUAUUAUAAUAUUACUUUUCGUAUAGAUCUUUGUUUGAGAUUAUCCAAUUUUAUACAAAUUUUUGGUGCCUUUUAUAAGUAAUUAAAUUUAUACCCAUAUUUUAAGAAAACUUGAUUAUCGUAUAUCUUAUAUCUCAUAUAUUACGAUUUAAUUAUUUAUAAAGGACUAUAAAAUAAUAAAAUAUUAACUAGUCAACAUUCAAGUAGUGUUCAUAACUCAACGGCGAACAAACGCUCUUAAACUUUUGUACACACUAGCAAUAAUGCUAUAUGUAUUCAACGAUAUAGCUAAUUUUUUUUAAUAAAAUGAACUCGUCACAGGUUUUCACAAGUUA